AGUUUGUCAUUGUUCGGAGAAGAGAGAGGAAGUAAUUAAGGAUGUCUGGUCGUGGAAAAGGCGGGAAGGGGCUCGGAAAAGGAGGCGCCAAGCGCCACCGGAAGGUGCUCCGGGACAACAUCCAGGGCAUCACCAAGCCGGCCAUUCGGCGUUUAGCUCGUCGCGGCGGCGUGAAGCGCAUCUCCGGCCUGAUCUAUGAGGAGACGCGCGGCGUGCUGAAGGUCUUCCUGGAGAACGUGAUCCGCGACGCCGUGACCUACACGGAGCACGCCAAGAGGAAGACGGUGACCGCCAUGGACGUGGUCUACGCCCUCAAGCGCCAGGGGAGGACCCUCUACGGCUUCGGCGGCUAAAGACAGCGCCUCCCAAGCACCCAGCGAACCUAAAGGCCCUUUUAAGGGCCACCACAUCUUCAGUAAAGGGCUUAAU